CGCGGAGCCGCUCGCAGAAGGGAGGACGAAGCAAGUGAGAUUGGAUGCGGUUUGACUUUGGAGGAACUUUCUCCUCCGGGGCUAUGGAGACAUUCCACGCGGGGAAGCUCGAAAAACAUCCCUACCACCACCCUUACGGGGUGAAGAGCCCGCACGGCGCCGCUUUCAACUCCUGGAAUGACUAUUUGGGCCUGGCGACGUUGAUCCAGAGGCCGGAGGGGCUUCAGGAGCGGGCGGCGGAGCAAGUGGAGGAGGAGGAGGAAGAAGAGGAGGAAGAGUUGGAGGACUUGGAAGAAGAGGAAGAGGAGGAAGAAGGGGAGGCGUAUUUGGACCUGCGCCACUUGUGCAGCCGCUUGGAGCAGCGCUUCGCCGGCUUGAGCCCCUUCUCCGGAGCGCCGGGGGUUUUCCAUUGCGGGGAGGACCCUUUGGAAGCCCGCGAGCGCUUCCUGCACGCGCCGCCGCUUCCCGCCGCUGUAGUUGCUACUGCGCCGCCGCCUCCUCCGCUGCUGCUGCCUUCCUCCUCCUCCCGCGGCGGUCCUAGCGCCCGCCUACUCAAGCCGAGCUCCCUGCAGGUCUGCGUCUUCUGCCGGAACAACAAGGAAGCCGUGGCGCUCUACACCACGCACAUCCUCAAGGGCCCCGACGGCCGCGUCCUUUGCCCGGUGCUGCGCCGCUACACCUGCCCGCUCUGCGGCGCCAGCGGGGACAACGCGCACACCAUCAAGUACUGCCCGCUGUCCAAGAUGCAACACAAGGUGCCUCCGCUCAAAAGCGCCCGGCAUCUCCUAGGCAAGAGGAUCCGCUAGUUUUUCAACCCGUUGGGAGGGACUGGGGAAGCGGCGCGCCCUCCGCCUCGGGGUUGUUGCGCGCGGGCGGCCUCUACUGGCCGCAAUAAGAAUGACACUCCCCUUUAGAGCUAAGAUCCUCCCAUUGAGGCCGAUAGAAAGAAAAACAUUGGGUUUAGAAUGGAGCGCACUGCUGCCUUGGGGUUAUUGCGCACGGGCGGCCCCUACUGGCUGGAAUAAGAGUGACACUCUCCUUUAGGUUAGAGGCUGAUAGAAAAGGAAAAAAAUGGAUGUUGAAUGGAGUUCACUAUUGCCUAGGGGUCGUUGCGUGCAGGCGGCCUCUACUGGCCGUAAUGCGAAUGACACCCCUUUAAUGCUAAGAUCCUCCCACUGAAAUUGAUAGAAAAAAAACAUUGGCUGUUAAAUGGAGUGUACUGCUGCCCCAGGGUUGUUGGGUGCAAGUGGCCCCUACUAGCUGCAAUAAGAAUGAAGACCUUCCCAUAAAAACAUCAGAUUUUGAAUGGAGCAAACCACCGCCUGGGGAUUGCUGCAUGUGGGUGGUGUCUACCAACUGGAAUAAAAAUGACAUUCCCUUUUAGCGUGAAGAACUUAAAAACAUCGGAUUUUGAAUGGAGUGCACUGCCAUCUUGGGGUUGUUGUGCCCGGGUGGCCCCUAGAGGCGGAAAGGAGAAAGACAGCUUUGGAUUUCUUCUGGUUGGAAUGAGAAUGACACCCCCCUUUAGCUUGAAGACCAUCUCAGAGAGGCUGAUGGGGAAAAAAUACCAGAUUUUGAAUGGAGCACACUGCCACCUCGGGGUUGCGCGUGAGCAGCCCCUACUGGCCGGAAUAAAAAUGACACUCCUUUAGCUCUAUGAACCUCCCAUAGAGGCUGAUAGAAAUUAAAAACAUUGGAUGUUGAAUGGAGCCCACUGCUACCUUGGGGUUGUUGCCACGGGCGGCCCCUAGAGAUGGAAAGGAGAAUAACUAUUCUGGAUUCACACCCUAGAAGCUUGAUAAGAUUUUUGGAUGUUGUGUCCUCUCCACUCGCACUUCCGCUUUGGGGAGUGAUUGUGCAUUGCUGCCCCCUACUGGCCGAAAUAAUAUCUUUAGCGCGAAGACCCUUAGAAAAAAACAUCGGAUUUUGAAUAAAGCACCCUCCAGUUUUGGGGGCAGUUUUCCUGCAGGCGGCCUCUACAUGCAGAAGGAAAAAUGACACUUUGGUUUUUUAAAAUACUAUUUUUCGUUCCACUGACCCCUAGAGGCGGAAGCAAAAGAGACAUUCCCUUUGAUUUGUGUGUGUGUGUGUGCAAAUGCCCCCUAGAGGCGGAAAGAAGACACUUUUUAUAACAAAAUUAACAAUAAUGGUCUUUAAUCCAUUGAUGUUUCCUCUUAAUAUAUUUAAAUGCGAGGGUGGUAGAAUGUAUAGUGAAAAAAUGUUCCUGAUUUUUGUCUGAAAUACACUCUCCCUGAGUUAUAGUUUCUAGUUUGUAUACAGUAGUAGCCAGGGAGCCUUGAAUUAACUCGACUUGAGAAUGAUAACCGUUGACCAUUUACAGGUACUGUAUUUGUUUAUUGUAAAACAUAAGCUAAUUUUUAAUAAAUGGGAUUGAGCUCCUGUCGGAGUACGCUCCCAUGGAUGUAGCUUUCUUUAUAAUAUGAGCGCUUGGCUGGAGAAAAGAGCACUCUUAUUUUAUUAUAUUAUAUAUAUAUGUCUGUAUAAAAUAACUUUUAAACAAAAGUCAGAAAAAGCCACACAACAUGAACUUUGGCUUGCUGAUGUGUACAUUAUCUACAUGAAAAAUUAUUUUUUAGGUGUGUUUUAAAUGAGGGGAGGUAGGAGAGUCCUACUUUUAAGGCAAGGCUCGGGGAAGAAAAGCACUGUGUUGGAUUGGCCUUUGUUUUUAUUAAUGUCUUUUGCUGUCUCUUAAGCAAUAUUUGGUUACAAAAAUUGGAAUGGGAGCUUAUAAUGCCUGUUUGGAGAAUUAUCUUUUUCCUUGUAAGGAACCACUGUUUGUUUAUCCUCCCUCAUGUUCAGAUUUUAUUUUAAGUGCAUGUUUGCUUUGCCUUUGUUUUGUUGUUCCAACAAACGUGUACAUUGCCUUUUCUCACCCACUCAUCCCUACUCCCACUCUCUUUUCUUUAAAUUUCAAUUAUCUCCCUGUAGCCCAGCCAAGAUGAGUUGGUUGAUUUUAUACAGUGGAAGUAAAAGUGUUACAAAGA